UUGCGGAGGUAUAUUACAGCUGAAAUUAACAAUAAUGUUAUGUUAUAAUUUAUCACAUAAUCCGUAAUUAAACCUCGAAUGUUACUUAUUUUAUUUAUAAUACUACUCUAGAUAAGUUACUUGAAUCAUGGGAAAGAUUUAUUCGAAAAUGACUCGACCUAUUCGCACGUUUAACAUCGAAAAUCGUGCGGCAGAACUUAUUUCGCGAGAAAAGCCAAUACCUGCACCUCAGUAUGCAACUACAGAAAAACAAAAGAAGCUUUUGGACCAAGUAAAUCCACACUUCUUGGAAGAUCAUUAUCAAAAAAACAUGCAAUUGGAUCAACGAUUAAAAGAUGUUUUUGUUACGUCAAGAGAUCCGCAAGAGAUCAAAGAGUCAAUGAGAGACUCCAAGUUACCUCAAAGUAGACAGAGCUCGGAAAAUAAUUUUGUACUGGAAUUUUGUGAACCUACAGUGAUUCCUAUGGGAAAGUGCUCAUUAAAGCAAGCUCUCACAUUUCUUUUGCAACAUAAACGCGAUCCUAUAACAUAUAGUAGUGAAAGUAUAGCUUCUGAAUAUAAAAUGGAUAAGAAAGUAAUAGAUGAUAUAUUGAAGUAUUUUAAACUUUAUGUGACUGCUUCAUCAAACAAUUCAGAGCCUUCUAUACAAUUUUUGGAUUCAAUAGAAGAUCCAAUUCAAGACAUGUUAGAUACAGGAACAAAGAUCAGAAAGGACAAGAAAAAGCAAAAAUAGUACAGAUAUGUAUAUAGAAAAAUAAUUUAUUAAAGUUUAUUUC